CACCGCCGCUGAGCAGCGAUCCUCCUUUCCAACAUGUCGGUGUACGGGCCAGUGGUGAAGAUUCACCCCGUGGUGCUCGCCUCUAUCUCCGACUCCUACGAGCGGAGGAAUGAGGGUGCGAGUCGUGUGAUCGGGACCCUGUUGGGAACCACUGACAAGCACUCUAUUGAAGUGACCAACUGCUUCUCUGUGCCCCACAACGAGUCUGAAGAUGAGGUUGCCGUGGACAUGGAGUUUGCGAAGAACAUGUAUGAGCUCCACAAGAGGGUGUCUCCCACUGAGGUCAUCGUCGGAUGGUAUGCCACAGGCUUCGACAUCACAGAACACUCUGUUCUCAUCCACGAGUACUACAGCCGGGAGGCCACCAACCCCAUCCACCUGACCAUAGACACGGCUCUGCAGAGCGGCAAGAUGAACAUCCGCGCCUACGUCAGCGCUCAGAUGGGCGUACCUGGAAAGACGGUCGGUGUGAUGUUCACACCGCUGUCGGUCAAAUAUGUCUACUACGACACUGAGAGGAUAGGAGUGGAUCUUCUGAUGAGGACAAGAGUCGCUCCGACCCGCACCAAGGGGCUGACCUCUGACCUGUCCCAGGUUGGUUGCUCUGCAGCCAGAAUACAGGACAUGCUGACCACCAUGCUUGCAUACAUUGAGGAUGUGCUGUCCGGCAAAGUGGCAGCAGAUAACAGCGUGGGCCGCUUCCUGAUGGACCUGGUCAACAAGGUGCCGACCAUCUCAGCCGAGGACUUUGAGAACAUGCUCAACUCCAACAUCAACGACCUGUUGAUGGUGACCUACCUGUCUAACCUCACCCAAGCACAGAUCGCUCUCAACGAGAAGCUGGUGCUGCUCUGAGCGGAUUUCUUUAAAGUGAUUCAUAUUUAAUUUUGUAUACUGUUUUUGUCUGAGAUGAAUAAAGAUGUAAAACAGUCACGCAGAAA